AUGCAGAGGAUGGGCAUACAGUUCCAGGCCCUGCCACCACCACCACCAGCAGCAGCAGCAGCACAGCCACAGGAGGGGGAGGAGAAGGCCCUGCUGGCACCCAAUUCCCCACCAUCCCAGGACACUCUUCCUACUGUGGAGAGAUCAGAUUGUUCCACUGAGUACACCUCCAGGUACCUGACGGACUUUGAGCCGGUGCAGCGUCUGGCGCGGGGCGGGCUUGGCGUGGUGUGUCAGGUGCGGAACAAGUUGGAUGAGAAUGAGUAUGCCGUGAAGAGGAUCAACCUGCCAACCAACAAGUCAUCUGCUGAGAGAGUGAAGAGGGAGGCGAGGGCCCUGGCCAAGCUCAACCACGCCAACAUUGUCGUCCGCUGCUACAACAGCUGGCCGGAGACGCCCCCCCAGGAUGGCAGGACCCCCAAGACGCCGUGCAUAGCCAGCAAGUCUCCUGUGUUUGUGCCACGGCUUAGCCAGCUCGGGACCCCAAUCCUCCACGAGUGCCACUCCUCUGACGCACAGGCCAGCAGUCGCUGCCCUGCACUUCAUUACAGGUGUACAGCGGGUGUGGGCCAGGCGAGGUGACGCAGCGUGCAGGUGCGGACACACACACACACACACACACACACACACACACACACAGUCACGCCCCGCACUGUGCUGUUGUUCAUCCACAAGUUAAAUACAACCAAAUUAAGUCAUUUUAUACUUAUCUUUAUUUACAAUUUCAUUCAAGUUUCGGAAAGCAAUAAAGUUUACUUAACACAUCUUUUUAAUUAUAAA